GUUUUUCGAACUCUUUUGUGUUGAAAACAUCAAUUAUUGCAACAAUGGCCGACAUUGUAACCGGCAAAAUCGAAAACGACAAAGAAAAGAGUAUUAUUGAUGAAAUGAGCGACGAUAUACCAAAAACAGAGUGCGCAACACUUCCAGACACUGCUGCUCAAAAAGAAAAGAAUUUUAAUGAUUCAAAUGUCACAGAGGAUUGCACAGAUGAAGAUCCAUCGAGUGGAUUCUCUAAGGGGGACAAAGAUGCCAAGGAUAGUGUAGAAGAGUUUAUGCAAUCUCAAAUUGCCACGCAACAAAUAUGUAAUGUAGGAAUAGAAACAAUAAACAAAGAACAGGAACAAUCACAGAAUUCAGAAACAGAAAAAUCAAAGGGACCUGAUACAGAAAUAUUAGACAUAACAAAGGGACCAUCAAAGGGACCUGAUACAGAAAUAUUAGAGAAAACAAAGGGGCCAGAUGAGGUAACAGACAACAUUAGAGGACCUAGUGACGAAAUAUUCAGUAAAACAGGAGAGACCAGUACAGAAUUAGUAGACGAAACUGUGUUGUCUAGUGCAGAGGUAGCAGAUGAAUCUGAAAAGUCAAGUGCAGAAAUUAUAGACAAAACAAGAGAGGCUAGUUCAGAAAUAGCGGACAAAGAUGGAGGACCAUGUACAGAAAUAACAGAUGAAAUUAUGGAGACAAAUACUAAAAUUCAUGUAAGAGAUGAAACAGAGGUGUGUGGUACAGAAAUGACACACCAAGUGGAUUCUAUUGCUGAAUCAACACAGAAAACAGAGGAAGAUCUAAACACUGCUCUUCAGUCUGAGGAUACAGAACAAACACCAAUUACAAAAGAACUUCUGCCAGAACAGGAUCCAUUGAUUUGCACAACUUCAGGGAUAGGAUCAAAUGAAAAAGAAAAUCAACAAGAGGAGCUUAACACAACAGAUAUAGAAAUGACUGAUCAAUCUGAAUUAAAGCAUCAUGCUGCUGAAGCUGCAGGAUGUGAAGAAGAAACAUUGAAUGUAUCACAAAACAUACCAGAGCCUAACUGCAAUCAGAGCAAGACUGACAAUGGUACAGACAAACAAGACGAUCUGGUGAAUAGUAAGAAUAGUAAUUUAGUGGAUGAGACUUUAAAAAGAGCCUCAUCUGAUUCUUCUCUUGGUUCCAAGAAAGAAAAUAAUGUCAAUGAAACAGGUCCAAAUUAUAAAAGUGCUCUAAUUUCUACUGACAGCCUGCAGCUUCCCAUGGAAGUGGAUGAUGAAUCAAUACAGUCAGAAAAUGCUAUGUAUGAUACACCUGGACCAGCGACCCCAGCCUCUAGUAUUGCAGACACAGGUUCAGUGUCUGUAGGCCCUACACCAUCAAAAAGGUCUCGCCAGAACAGUACUGGUAGUAGUGCUAAUGUGGAGGCUGUCUCUGAUGAAAUAGAACAUCAUACAUUUCCAGCCUCAAAGGUAUUUGAGUACCAAUGGCCCAAAGAUUCCAGUGGAGAGUACUACAUGCUACAGGAGCAGAUUAGCGAGUUCCUCGGUGUCAAGUCUUUUAAAAGGAAAUAUCCAGAGCUACAGAGAAGACCAGUGGAGAUGAAUGAGAGAAUGUUUCUACGAGAAAAGGGAGCCGUGACGGAGACACAGUGUGACCUAGGAUUAACAGCCAUUCGGAGUGAUGAGGUGUACGACUUAAUGCACAGGGACUACCCAGAUAAGUAUGCUGAGUAUGCAGCAGUUCUACAUGAGAGAGAAAGGCAGACCAUCAAGGAGAAACAUAAAGACUAUGAAGUGCCCAAGUUAGAGAAGAGCAAGAUGACAGAGUAUAUAAAGAAAGCAAUGAAGUCUGCGUCAGAAUGGAACACGAUCUUUCUCCGCGAGAGGAAGGAGGAGCGCAGGGCAUAUUUUGAUCUUCAGACAUUUAAUGUACAUUAUCCUGCUGGCCGGUAUAAGGUACUGCCUCCUGACCUGACAUCACCCAGUCCCUAUCCUGUUACAUUGAUCCCAGGCCAGUACCAGGAUUACUACAAAAACCAUUCCCCUGAAGAGCUGAAAUACCUACCCCUCAACACUGCCCUGUUUAAUCCUCCAAAACAGCUGGGUAAUAGUCUGGCCAACCCCCAGGAGGUCCUAUCUGAGGAUGCUUCCGAGGAAGAUGUAGAGGCAGGUGGUGGUUCAGACUCGGACAGUGACGAUGACAGCAGCAGUGGAGAGUCGGACGACAGCAGUGGACAGGACAGUGGUCAGAUGGUAGAAGAUCUGGCCAAAGGUGAUAAGGGGGACGAUGACCUUAUGUGUCGUAUGUGUGAAAAACAAGGGGAGACAGAUGAAGAUAUGGUUCAGUGUUCAGAAUGCAAGAAGUUUGGCCACCCUACUUGUCUGGAUCUGACAGUGGAGAUGGUGACUGUUAUCAAAACAUAUCCCUGGCAGUGUAUGGAGUGUAAAACUUGUGUGGAGUGUAUGGACCCGUAUGAUGAGGACAAGAUGAUAUUCUGUGACCGCUGUGAUCGUGGCUACCACACAUUCUGUGUUGGUCUCCGGUCCAUCCCUAAUGGACAGUGGAAAUGUCGUAGUUGUAAAUCUCCUGACACUCCUCGGACACCAAAAUCCUCCUCUAAGAUCAGGGGCAGAGGUCGGAAACGAGGCAAUAACACACCCGCUAAGGAAGGAUGAUGUGAAGCUUAUGACUUGUGUUUGUAAAUAGUAAUACAAAACCCUGUUCAUUCAUUAUCGAACUUUGCCAUGAAGCAGUGUAGCAGAAAAUUAUCUGUUUCACUCUGAACUGACAAAACUGAGGAUGUUAUUUAAGUAGCUAUUCAACAGUGUUGUUUGUUGAUUAGCUGUUAUUGUGGAAAUGACACUGUUUGAAUGAUUUCCUCCACAAUAGUAGAGAAUUUCACCUUAUUUAUGCAUCCAAUGAUAAAUGAUUUGUUUAAUCUACAAGUAUCGAUGUAAAAUUUUGUCUAUGUUGUUUAUGUGGUCUUAAACUCUGCCUGGCUCAGAAAGUACUUAUAACAGUAUACAGAAUUCUUAAUUGACAACAAGUGCUUCUCUUUCAGUAGCAAGUGAGAUAUAAUAUUCAAAACAAAAUUUGAAAACCAGUUCUAAUGUCAUACCAACUUUUGAAAAUUAUGAAAUGUUUUCCAUUGAAAAAAGACUCGGUAAACAAAAUAAAUGUUUUUCAUGAUGACUGAUUGUCCAUCACUGCUAUACCUUGAUAAUCAAGAUGUGAUUUCUUGGAAGAUUUUGUAUAUUUAGCUGUAACAUAUUUCAUAUAGAAGAAUCAAAUUCUAAUUCAAAUAUUAAAUAUUGUGAGAAAACUUUUA